AGCCAGCCAGCGCAGGCCAGACCGGGCCGGACAGGGGACGAGGCGGGGCGGGACGAUCGUCGUCUGCUUUCCUUCGCCUACAGCCCUUCUUCCAAUCCUCCCCUUCCCGGCCCGCUUUACUGUCCUCCUGCCUGCCUCGCCUCUGCAAGCUCGCCCUCUCUCUCUCCCUCCAUCGCAGGUCUUCUUCCUGCUCCCUGCCCUUCGUUGCCGCAGAUCUGGAAAAUACUCCGUUUCUGGUGGCACUUCCGCCACAAUUCGCCCUUCACCGUAGCGACUCUCUAGAGGCUAUUCUCUGCUUCGUGAAAUGCUCCUUUGCCUAGGGAGGUUCGCGUGAGGUGGUCUAGUGUUGAGGUCGGCGUAAGGGGGGGGGGAGUGUGAGGGCGUAGUGCGAGGGCGUCGUGCGAGGGUGUCGUGCGCUAGUCUCGCUUCGGGUGUGGCUCGGACACAAGGUAGAGGACUGCGGUUUCCGCAGAGUUGGAGGGAGUGGAGGUGAGCUGAGCGGGCGAGGUGGUUGUGGAGUGGUGUGUAUGUGUGCAGGUUUGGGGUUCGAGAUAUGGACAAAGCAGCUGGUGUUGUUUUGGAAAUUGCUCAGAGGACAGUGUGUCUUGUGGUUUAGGCAGAUCUGAAGAGCAGAGGAGAUUUUUAUGUCGAGGUUUUUCCGGCGGCACUUGGUUUUUUUCGGUUUGUGAGAUCAUGUAGACUUCGCUAAGUGUGGAACCAGGUCUGUACACAGCGGUUGGAGGACGGAUUUUCAAGAUCUACUGCCAUGCUACACCGUACUUGAAAUGCGUAAUAGGAAGGGAGGUUGAAGCUUUAUUGUAGGAUCGUGACUGUAUAGUUGUCGGCGGGUUAGGAACAUAGCCAUGAGCACAUCUCGGUUUAUCAAGUGCGUUACUGUAGGAGAUGGAGCAGUCGGAAAGACGUGCAUGCUUAUUUCUUAUACCAGCAAUACAUUUCCUACUGAUUACGUUCCUACCGUUUUUGAUAACUUCAGCGCGAAUGUCGUUGUCGAUGGAAACACUGUAAACCUUGGACUAUGGGAUACAGCAGGUCAGGAAGAUUAUAACAGGCUUCGACCUCUGAGUUACAGGGGUGCUGAUGUUUUUCUACUAGCAUUCUCUCUUAUCAGCAAAGCUAGUUAUGAGAACAUCUCAAAGAAGUGGAUUCCUGAACUGAGACACUACGCUCCAUCUGUACCUAUUAUCCUCGUCGGAACGAAGCUAGAUCUUCGAGAUGACAAGCAAUUUUUCGCCGACCAUCCUGGAGCGGCUCCGAUCACAACCUCCCAAGGUGAAGAACUCAGAAAGGCGAUUGGAGCAGCCUCUUACAUUGAGUGUAGCUCUAAGACUCAGCAGAAUGUGAAAGCAGUUUUUGAUGCUGCCAUCAAGGUUGUUCUUCAGCCACCCAAGCAGAAGAAGAAGAAGAAAAAACAAAAGAACUGUGUUAUUCUCUGAAAUUGCCACAACCUGCAUGACUCGGCUCAGUUUUUGGAGCUGUUCAUAAUCAUUGACUUUUAGGCUUGGUCUCGCUUUGGUUAUUCCUUAGCUGACGUCCAGUAGUAUAGUUUCCCGCGUGAUUCGCCACAGAUUAUCUGUGUCCACUUUUUUGUGGAAACCGAAAUCACUUGAAUUGUAGUGUAUUCUUUUCUCCUGCUGGUAAUCUGGUGAUGGACAAUGGGGUGUGAUUUUGUAGAUGGUGCUUUCCGUAACAUUGACCUAAUGGGGGGCUAACUCAUCUCCUAGAAAUGCUCUUGGUCAUCAGGUACGGAACAACCAUCUCCUGCAAGCCAAAAGGGGGCUGCAGUAGAAAUCUUUGUAGACUUAUCAGGCAUUUACACUGGAAGCACCCUCAUUUCAAUGCACUUGCACCAUCUCUUGUGUUA